CAACAUCUAUGCGAGAGAGAAAGAAGGUGCGGACGGGGAACGGCUACCGGCGGCGCCGUGCGAAAGGACUGUAAACGCUCCAACUCCAACCCAAACGCUCUUCGGCACGCGGAACGAGAGGUAGGAUUCAUUAGAAAAUAAGCCCCGCGGUCCGCGGAAAGUCGUAUAUUAAAGAUGGAAGCGAUGGACACGACUGCGAGUUCGCAUCCGAGAAGAAUGCACAACAGUUACGAGGAUGAAGAGGAGCGAAAGCACUUUCAGAGAAUCGUCUCUGCGUUCAGAUAUUACAAAACACACUCCUUGCUAAGAUUGAGAAAAACGGAGUCUUAUUUUCUUAGUCUACCACAACAUCAUCAGAAGCUUUUAUCAAAGUACAAGGAACAUUUGCAAGAGGUCAAACGGUGUAUCGAGAACAAUGAUCAAAUCAUAAAACUCAUAAUAAAAGAUGUAGCCCAUAUAUUUGAAAAUGUAUGUCCAACUACUGCUCAAGUUGACAAUACGCUAAAUCUAAGGCCUGUAAUGUCAGAUCAAGAGAAAGUGCAAGCUACCAUUAAGCAAUUGGUACGAGACUGGAGUGUGGAAGGUGCUGAGGAACGAAAAGCGUGUUAUCAGCUAAUUGUAGACGAAAUAUUAUAUCAAUUUCCAUUGGAGAAUUGUAAACCAUCGGACGUGCAUAUUUUAGUACCUGGUGCAGGAUUAGGCCGUCUUGCUUUCGAAAUUGCGAAACGUGGAUAUACCUGCCAAGGAAAUGAAUUUUCCCUAUUCAUGCUGUUUGCAUCGAACUUUGUAUUAAACAAAUGUAGAGAUAUAAACUUGUAUCAAGUACAUCCAUGGGUGCAUCAAUAUAUGAAUAACUUGAAACCUGAGCACCAGACGCAAGCGGUUUCUUUCCCCGACGUAAGCCCAAGCGAUCUUCCAGGAAAUGCGCAAUUCUCUAUGACCGCGGGUGAUUUUUUAGAGGUUUAUACGGAGAGCAACCAUUGGGAUUGCAUCGCGACAUGUUUCUUCAUAGACUGUGCCAAUAACGUUGUACAAUUUAUCGAGACAAUUUAUAAGAUCCUGAAGCCAGGUGGCGUCUGGAUAAAUCUCGGACCGUUGCUCUAUCAUUUCAGCGAUUUACCGAACGAAGACUCGAUCGAGCCAAGUUACGACGCUAUCCGUGAUGUUAUUCUAGGUUUUGGCUUUCAAUUGGAGAAAGAAGAGACAAAAGUGAAAACGCGUUAUGCCCAGAAUAUUAAUAGUAUGUUACAGUGCGAAUAUAAUAGCGUGUACUUUGUUUGUCGAAAACCAAAUGGACAUGUGGACGGUGUAAAUCACAAUCAGAACGGAGGUGAAACUAACAGUGCGCAAGAACAAGAGAAUUAAUUAAAGCGUGGUGCUUUUUCUUCCUGAAGAAGUGUAGAACGCUGAGAUGUUAUUGUUUAAGUGCAGCCGUGUUUCACCUGUGAGAACUAGUUCUAUGAUCGUGUUUAAAACUUAUAUAUUUUCUUUUUUUAUAUCUUUAUCUGUCUCAAUCUAUUCUAAUAUAAAGACUCAUUUCAUACAAAAAAAGUUUUCAAUGGCGCUACGAGAUUGUUUUCGUAACUUAAAUAAUGCCUUGAAAAUAAUAGAACUAUUUUUUUAAAUU